ACACAAUCUCCAUCGAAGCGGUCGAAACGAGAGAGGCCUGCUAGUAUCGAAACGAGAAAGGCCUGCUAGUACGACCGAAAAGAUCUUGCGCCCAUGGCGUCGCGGUUGCUGCUCCGGCUCCGCACCUUCCGCCGGCCUCCUCCUUCUUUGGCGCCUCCCCACCUUGCCGGCGGUCUCCACCACCGCUCGCCACCGGGCGUGCUGCGUCAUCUUCACGUCGUCUUGCCGCCGAGAGUAGCAGGCACCAGCAGCCGGUGGUUUGGAGGAGGAUCGCACGCGCAUUCGUCGCCGUCCAAGUUGAAGCCACUCCGCCGCCUCAUCGUUGGGAACGUGCUCUCCGCCGUGUCUUUCUCCGCCGCCGGCCUUCUCACCAGCAACAAGUCAGAGCAGGAAUCACCUCCCACCGGGCCAAAUGACCAUGGAAGCAACAAGGGCAAGAGGAACUGCACCGAUGCUCUUCUCGCCGUUAAUUUCCUGGUUCACGUCGCAGAUGCCACAUCAAACAGAGCGCUUAGUAUGUUGUGGGCUAAGGAAAACGACCUGAUCCGCCGAGGGCAGAUAUGGCGUCUGCUUACAUCGUCCGUUCUUCAUGGGGAUUUCAAGCACCUAUCUAAUAAUUGUACCACUUUGGAUAGGAUUGGGCCUAGGUUGGAAGAGGCUACUGGCCCCAGAAGGUUCCUGGCUAUUUAUUGCACUUCAGCGUUGUCAGGUUCACUGAUGAGCUACUGGUUUUGCCCCAACCCUUCUGUCGGUGCAUCCGAUGCUAUUUUAGGAUUGGUUGGUGCGGAAGCCGUUUACAUGUGGAGGCACCGGAAGCACUUGGAAAAAGCAAACGAAACUCUAGCAGAAAUCGCGUUUGUGGUUUUCUGCAAUCUGUGCAUUGGCUUCAUCCUAAAGCAUCGCACCCGCACAGACGACUGGGCACAUCUAGGAGGCUUCCUUGGGGGAGCGGCUGUCGAAUGGUUCGUCGGUCCACAUUGGAAGAAGCGUGUUGGGCCGGAUGGAAAGGAGGUGUUCGAAGAUAGGCCGCCUCUUGUUCGGAUAAUGAAUAGGUAGAACUGUAGAAGGCCACCGGUGACGACUCAGCUUGUACAUGGAAUUAGCAGCCCCUGCAUAUAUUGUUGCAUAAAUACAAAUACUUAUACUGAAUUAAGCAGAUGGGGUGUUAUUUGCAAAAUGCAAAC